AAGAGUGGAUGGGGAGGUCAUGAGGUGAGAAGAGCGGCGUGCGAUAAAGAAGUGGGAUAGAGGCUGCAUCAUAUUCACAUUUAUUCAUUUUCGGCGUAGUUCUGCGAGCCCUACUGCGGACAGAAUCAUGGAGAGGAAAAGGUGGGAGUGCUCGGCUCUCCCAAAUGGUUGGAAAAGGGAAGAAGUGACCAGAAAGUCGGGCUUGUCCGCGGGGAAAAGCGAUGUCUAUUAUUUUAGUCCUACAGGAAAGAAAUUUCGGAGUAAGCCACAACUGGCCCGUUACCUGGGCAACUCUAUGGACCUGAGCUCCUUUGAUUUUCGUACAGGAAAAAUGAUAAUGAGCAAACUGAACAAGAACAGGCAUCGUCUGCGCUAUGACCACAGCGGUCAGACCAGGGGUAAGCCUGAUCUGAACACCUCUCUACCAGUGCGACAGACAGCCUCUAUCUUCAAACAGCCUGUUACCAAGGUCACAAACCAUCCCAACAACAAAGUGAAGUCAGACCCUCAGAAGGCCGUGGAUCAGCCGAGACAGCUGUUCUGGGAGAAGAAGCUUAGUGGACUGAAUGCGUAUGAUAUAGCUGAAGAGUUAAUGAAGACGAUGGAUCUUCCCAAAGGCCUACAAGUGUCCUCCACUGCAGGGGUUGGCCCAGGCUACACGGAUAAAACUCUGCUGUCUGCCAUUGCCAGUGCCCUGCACACCACCUCUGCCCCCAUCACAGGCCAGCUAUCUGCUGCAGUGGAGAAGAACCCUGGAGUUUGGCUCAACACCACACAGCCUCUCUGCAAGGCUUUUACAGUCACUGAUGAGGACAUCAGGAAGCAGGAAGACCUUGUGUACAGUGUGAGGAAGCGGCUGGAGGAGGCUCUAAUGGCAGACAUGUUAGCUCACGUAGAAGAGGCCACCCUUGAUGCAGCGUCUCUGAAAGAGGAGGCCAGCUGCAAAGAAGAGACAGAGACUGUAUAGCCAUGUGAUGCUGAAGGGAGUAGUGUGGACCACAGAAUUCCCCUGCUGUGCGGAUACAGACACACACCGUUAAAAAGGACCUGAUAGCUCAUGCUGUCCCUCGAUGUAAAAGUAAUAUUUUUUUCUGUUGUUUUUCUAUGUCUACUUUUUCAGUUUUUCAGUUUUUACAGUGCCCCUCUAAAUUAACCGUGAAACUUAAUGUUUUACGUUUGCAGUUCCUAGGAACAGUUUCUAAUUUUCAACUUUGCUAUAAUUAAUAGUAUUUUUACUUUCAUUUGCUGUGUAUUUUAAGUGUUUGUGUCUUGCCAUACUCCAAUUGUACAUGUGAGAAUGGUGCUUUAUGUUCUCACAGAUACAUAGUUUACCAUUCGCUACAGGCAAUACACACAGUUUUUAAAGGGCAGUUUUACAGGAGUUGAGUGUUGAGAGUGCUUCUCCAGACAACUCUAGAUGGGGAGUACAAGCAACCCUGCUGUCUGUUCUCUACAGUCCCAAACUAAUAAUAUUGUUAGAGUCGUUGUGGGAGUUACAGUCUUAAAGUCCUACUUACAGUCCUGUCUGCUACAUCUGUAUUGUACUUUUGAUUAUGUUGGACAAUUUCACUGCAUUUCACUGUACUUAAAUAGCAUAACGGAGAACCUGAUGACUCAAAACUCACUUCUAAUAGAAGCCACUGGACAGUUUCCGAAUUGCGUAAAAGUGUUUUUGCGGGAAAAAAAAUAUUUGGGAAACACUGAAGGGGAGACAUAUAUAUACAUACAUACAUACAUACAUACAUACAUACAUACAUACAUACAUACAUAUAACUACAUAACUCAAAUUUGAAACUACAUCCACUGAAAUGAUGAGUUUUAUAGGCUGAAUGCAGUAUCUGAUUUUCAUCACAGAUGUGCAGUAAGAGCAACAGUGGCUACAUGUUCCAAUUACUAUAUACAUUGUAUCGUAUACAUGCAGUCAGUGGUUCCACCGCUGCGAUUAUAGCCUCUCGCUCUCGUUACAGUGGAGGCUCUCGAGGGGAGGUGUAGUUUUCCACAUUACUGUUGCUUUUGUUAGUUUGCAGCUUAUUGAUUUGUCCAUAGGUCACACAUUAGCACUGUCUAAUAGAGUCUGUUGAACAUACUGAA